CUGACCUUUCUGGUUUCGCCAAUAACCUCAGCUAUCCCAAUCGAUACUGUUUGGGGGACUACCCCGUACCAGCCUUCUGCUCGAUUGUCAUGACGUAACCCAUGAUUCGUCGCCCCACCUGUGUCAUCCAGUUGCAUUAUUCCGACCUUGUGGUCCUGGAUUCGAAACGCCCAAGGAUUCUACUAUGGUUCAAGUGCUGUUCAAUUCAAAGUCAUUGACGGUGAUAAUGCGUGAUGACGUCGGAGUUACGCGGUGUUUGGGGAGCUCCGAAGACGGAAUCGUAUAUAAGAAGAGAGCUGCGACCAUGUUUGGGGUAUUCGAACUGGACAGCAGCCAAAGGAUCUCCAGUUCGAUCGAUUAAUUCAAGUCCCAAAUCAUUCUUACCUUUUCACCUGACAGUUCAAUCCAAAAACAACCCCUUCAACCGCACGCAGUUUUCAAGAUGUCCACUACCUUUGCACCCGCCCCCGAGCCGCCCACCGAGCUCGGUCGCUACCGCAUCCUCUCUUCGACGGCGGGGGUCCGGGUAUCUCCACUGCAGCUGGGCGCGAUGUCCAUCGGAGACGCAUGGUCGGAAGGGAUGGGAUCGAUGAACAAGGAGUCCUCCUUCGAAUUACUAGAUGCCUACUUCGAAGCGGGCGGAAACUUCAUCGACACAGCCAACAACUACCAGAACGAGCAAUCCGAGGAAUGGCUCGGCGAAUGGAUGACCGCUCGGAAAAACCGCGACCAGAUCGUACUGGCGACCAAGUUCACCAGCGACUACAGGUCUCACGCACUGGGCAAGGGCAAGGCCCCCAACCACUGCGGGAACCACCGCCGCAGUAUGAACGUGAGCGUGCGCGACUCGCUGCGCAAGCUGCAGACCGACUACAUCGACAUCUUGUACCUCCACUGGUGGGACUACACGACCUCCAUUGAGGAGAUCAUGGACAGCCUGCACAUUCUGGUGCAACAGGGCAAGGUGAUGUACCUUGGAAUCUCGGAUUCCCCCGCGUGGGUCGUCAGCGCCGCCAACACCUACGCUCGGGACCACGGGAAGACGCCCUUCAGCAUCUACCAGGGCCGAUGGAACGUUAUGCAACGGGAUUUCGAACGCGAUAUUAUCCCCAUGGCGCGUCACUUCGGGAUGGCUCUGGCCCCGUGGAGCGUGCUGGGCGGUGGCAAGUUCCAGUCGAAGAAAGCCUUGGAGGAGCGAAAGAGGCAGGGCGAGGGGCUACGCAACCUACUCGGAGCAGCGGGGCAGACGGAUGAUGAAUUGCGGAUGAGUGAAGCUCUGUCGAAGGUGGCCGAGGAACACGGCAUCGAGUCCGUGACGGCUGUGGCCCUGGCCUACGUGAUGCACAAGGCCCCCAAUGUCUACCCCCUGGUGGGUGGCCGGAAGGUCAAACACCUCCAGGACAACAUCCUCGCGCUGAGCCUCAAGUUGACCCCCGAGCAAAUCGCCUCCCUGGAGAGCGUCAAGCCGCUGGAUGUGGGAUUCCCGAGUAACUUCAUCGGCGAGGACCCCAACGUGACAGGUCAGGUCACGUGUCAGUUUCUGGCUGCCAACGCCCAGCUUUCAUUUCCGCGGACGCGAUAA